AAUGAUUACAAUGAAGGGUUUUAAAUACAAUUCAAAUAACUCUGUUCAAUUUCCUGGUCCUGGAUAAUAUAAUUCGGAUGAUUCGAUAUGCAAACCAAAGGAUGGAUCGGUUAAGAUAGUUCCUGAAUAGAGAUCGAAGGCAAUGCUAACCAAAUAUAUUCCAGGACCAGGUUAAUACUCAAUUAAAUCUACUCUCGAAGAACCUGCUUGGGGAUUCAAGAAAGAAAUUAGAUCUACACUCAUCAGGAAAGAUUUAAUCCAGGGCCAGGAUCUUAUAAUAUUCCUCCUAAAUUUAAUGAAGUUCCUAAAUAUUUAUUAUAGAUAUGUUCAUUAAAUUUUAUAUUAAUUUAAAUGA